CCUGCCCAUUACACUUAUCAAAAUCAGUUUGAUAUUAUCAUCUUCAAGCUAUCAACUUUUUUUUCCAAUAAUGACUUUCCUAUUCGAUUGUCUAAUCCUUCUGAAUAUCCUUAUUGCCACGUGUCAAGCGAUUGGAAGAACCCAGUCAACUGCCAUCGAGGGGGUGUUGUUAUGCGAAGAUGGACCUGCCAAGGGGGUAUUGAUUAAGCUUUAUGAUCAUGACACAGUGUCACCUGAUGAGCUUAUGGAUUCUGCGAAAACUGAUGCUGACGGGCAUUUCCGCUUGAGUGGUACUGCUGACGAGAUCUCCGGAAUCGAACCAAAAAUCAACAUCUACCAUGAUUGUGAUGAUGGGAUUUUGCCUUGCCAACGUCGAAUCACUAUUUUUGUUCCGAGCAAGUAUGUGUCCAACACGAAACAACCGUCAGAGACUUUCAACUUGGGACGACUCCAAUUGGCCGGAAAAUACGCAGGAGAAUCCAGGGAUUGUCUUCAUUAAUUUUUGUAUUAAAACAUUUAUUAUAACCUCAACAGUUUUAUGAAAUAACAAAAUUAACAAUUUCAACCUU